AUGGCCAUCGAUUUCCAAUCAGUCGUCCCGAUCCUCCGCAUCUUUGACAUCACCAAGGCGGACGAGUUCUAUCUCGAAUAUCUCGGCUUCAGGGUCGACUGGGAUCAUCGGUUCGAUGAAAACGCGCCUCUAUAUCGGCAGAUUUCUAGGGGAAACCUGAUCCUUCACCUAAGUGAGCAUCACGGGGAUGGCAGCCCCGGUGUGCAGGUCCGGAUAAUGAUGAGGGGAAUCGUGGAGUAUCAUCGCGAGCUAAGUGCCAAAGGAUAUCGAUACAUGAGGCCAGGAAUUGAAGAGGGUCCGGCGGCGGGAUCGCAGGAAAUGGGCGUCAUCGACCCGUUUGGAAACCAGAUAAAGUUCUGUCAGGACGAUGAUGAGAAAACACAAAUCUAG